ACUCUAUUUCUCUAACGUGGGCGUGGCACCUGUGUCAAAAUAGGUUAACAUUUUUUAAAAAGCAGAAUGAAAGAUAAAAAUGGGGUUUAAUGUCCACUCGACACAAGCUAGGUCAUUUCGGGACUAAACCUUGAGUGAGGAUGAAAACUAUGCAACUGUUUCAGAAUGGUGAAAUAAUAUGAUGAAUCGAUUCUUUUAUGUGAUCAAUGUCUUCAUAAGUUUAGUGAUCAAAUUUGUGUCACUUGAUUAAUCCAUUAUUAUUUAUUUAUUUAUUUACUUGAAAAUGCUAUUAUAGGUAUGCCAAUUAAACAGCAGGAAGUAACCAAUGUUACUACAAAAAAACCCAAAAAAACAUACAAAACAUUGACCGAAUGAUGUCCAAAUGUCAUUCCCCCAAACCCCUUUCUUUGUGGUCUCUAUGCAAACUCUGCUUCUACAUCAAAGAAUUGUUGACCAUAUGAAUUUGAUGAUGAGUCAAAAUAGAUAAAAUAUUAAAAAGACAUUUUGUAAUGAUCCAUGUAUAACCAAUGAUGUCUGAUCCCAUUCAUCUAAAGCCACUAGCUUUUCUUACUGAUACUAAAGAUAUCAAACCUAUAUUGGUGGUACUGAAUCAAAGAAUUGAUGAAGAAAUUCAUAUCUUUAAACAUGUUUGGAAAAAUGCUGUUAUGAAGAUUUUUGUUGAUGGAGCAACAAACAGAAUUUAUGAUUCUUUUGGGGAAGAUAAAACUAAAUUUAUACCAGAUCUGAUUACAGGAGAUUUUGACUCAGCCAGACCAGAAGUUCUAGAAUUUUAUAAAAAUAAGGGUUCUCAAAUUAUUUCGACACCUGAUCAAAAUUUUACAGAUUUUACUAAAUGUCUUCAUGAAGUAUUUAAACAGGAUAAAGAUAAAGAGUUUGAUGAAAUUAUAGUUUUGGGUGCCUUUGGUGGGCGACUUGACCAUGUCUUUGCUAAUAUUAAUACAUUAUUUGAAAUUCAGUCAAUGAACAACAAACCUGUAUAUUGCAUAGCAGAUGGUAAUUUGGCUUGUUUAAUUCAGAAGGGUAAAACUGUUGUUAGUGUUAACACUGGAUAUGAACUCGAAUACUGUGGCCUUAUACCCAUUGGUCAACCUGUUAGUCAUGCGACAACUAUGGGGCUCAAAUGGAAUUUAGAAAAUCAAGAAAUGAAGUUUGGAGAUCUAAUCAGUACAUCUAAUACAUAUGAUGGUAGUGGAAGUGAUGUUACUAUAGAAACAAAUGAACCAAUAUUAUGGACAAUGACAUAUAAAAAACCAUAGAUAAUUUUUAAUGUUUUUAUACAAAAAAACAAUUGAUAUUAUGGACGAUGUCAUACAAAAAAAAACCACAAUUUUCUUAUUGAUUUUUUAAAAUCUUGUUAUAUUUUAUUGUUAUAUUUUCUCUUUAUAAAAAUGGAUGGACUUUAAUAAUAUCCCUUGAUGAAUUGGCUAUAUAAAUUGUUUGUAUUUUAUAAUUUAUUAGUUUAAAAUUUAAUAUACAUGUCUCCUUUGUUUUAAUCUUGAAGGCCCAUGUUGACCACACAACCUCAAUGACAA